AUGGCAUUCCGGCAACAUUACCUCAUGUUGGGAGCCUGGAGAGUUGUUCCUAGAGAGGAUCCGGGAAGCUCGGAGCCGAGCCCUGGUGCCACCGCGCUUACCCUGGCGGCGGCGUUUCCAUCGGCGACCGGCCAAGCCGUAGGCAGUGAUGAGGAAAGCUGGGACUUCCUCAAACAGUCGGCCAAAGGCUUGACUGAACUCAGGGGUCAGAUGUUGAGAAAUCCCCACACUCGUUCGAAGAGCCAGAAGGGUGAGGCGAUCAUAAGAAAUGAUCGAGUCAAGAAGAGCAUCACAGGAACAGUCCACAGAUGGCUCUGUCUGUCUGAUGGGAACAAGGAGGUGACACAUGACAGGACAAAGACCAAAUACCCCAAUCAUCCUGAGAGGUUUGACUGCUGGCCUCAAGUUCUGUGCAGAGAGGCUCUGACUGGGACUCGCUGUUACUGGGAGGUGGAGUGUACUGGUGAAAGUCUGAGGAUUGGAGUCGCAUAUAAAGGAAUGAGAAGGAAAGGAUAUGGUUUGGACUGCCUUGGACACAACGACAAGUCCUGGAGUUUGUUCUGUUCGAAUUCUGAGUACUCUGUGUGUCACAAUAACAAAGACACUGUAAUCAGCCCAAAUCCAUGCAAUUCAAGUCGGCUAAUAGGUGUGUAUCUGGAUUGGCCUGCUGGCUCUCUGUCAUUUUAUAGGGUCUCACACAAAAUUACCCUCCUGCACAGGAUCAACACCUCCUUCACUGAGCCCAUCUAUCCAGGGUUUGGGCUUCAGUAUAACUCCAGUGUAGCAAUCAGCCAUUUGACACCAUCUGACCACUGA